UCUGCAUCCUGGUGUUCUCUGCAGCCCGGUGUUCUCUGCAGCUCGGUGUUCUGCAGCCCGGUGUUCCUUCAUCCUAGUGUGCUGCAUCCCGGUGUGCUUCAGCCCGGUGAUUUCUGCAUCCCGGUGUUUUCUGCAUCCCGGUAUUCCCGCAUCCCGGUAUUCCCUCAUCCCGGUGUUCCCUGCAUCCCGGUGAUCCUUCAUCCCAGUAUUCCUUCAUCCCGGUAUCUUCUGCAUCCCCGUGUUCCUCCCUCCCGGUGUUCCCGCAUCCCCGUGUUCCUCCCUCCCGGUGUUUUCUGCAUCCCGGCGCUCCCGCAUCCCGGUGUUCCCGCAUCCCGGUGCGCCCUUGCCGCCGAUCCCUGGCAUUCCCGCAUCCCGGUGCUCCCGCAUCCCGGUGCUCACUCCCGGCUCAGCUCGGCUGCCCAAGGGCAUCGCGGCAGAGACGCGUCCCGGAGCAUCUCCCAGCCGGGGAGCGGUGACCUUGGCGAGCGCGGCCGCGGCCACGGCGAGUCCCCGGUGGCUCGGUGCUCUGCAUCCCCCCUGGAGCUGAAGAUGGACGUGAGGAGGGUGAAGGACUACCUGUACUGGCUGUACUACCAGUACCAGCUGGUGACAUGCAGCUAUGUGCUGGAGCCCUGGGAGCAGUCCAUGUUCCACACCAUCACUGUCACCGUGCUGGCCAUGGUGGUGUACACAGCCUACGUCUUCGUGCCCAUCCACGUCCGCCUGGCCUUGCAAUUCUUCUCCCAGAUUUUUGGCUCCCAGCCUGAGAGUGCAGUGCUGAACUGAGCUGGGCCCAGCAGGGCUCAGCAGCUUUGUGAAAUCAGCUUUGUGCUGAGGUUUGGCUCUUAGGAAAAGCCUGCUUGCUUCACCUGAGGGGGUCUGAGCGCAGCCCCUCAUCCAGAAACGCUCUGGGAAUGGGACACAGCACCUGCAGCAGCACAGGAUCCAAGCAGCUCCCACUUCCAGUAGCCUCAUCCAACCAUCUCCACUCAGAGACACCCAAAGUUCUACCAGCACAGUGCACUGGCCAGGAUAGAGGAGAUAAAAAGUGAGGAUCUGCAGCAGGAUUGGAGAGAUCAUGGCUGGCUGGUGAUGGACUGCCAGGCUUUAAUGGGUUGGAAGAGAAAGCAACAGGGGGGUGAAUUUAAAUCCAGCUUUUUUCCUGCAUCUGAGUUCAGAUGGUCUAAAAUAUUUCCUUUUUGAAAAGUUCCCCACCUCAUCUUGCAGUUUAGUGAGGAUGACAGGAAGAAGCAGCCCUGCUCUGUCUCAGUGCCCUUCUGCCUUCUCAGAUGAAAAUCAAAAUCUUUUCCUGCUGCUCCCACUCACCAAGGCAGCAAAGUGCAAAUCAGCACCAGGGGAAGAGGAUCCAGAGUGAAAAUCAUAUUUUAAUACCUGCAGGGAAGGCUUAAAGAGAUCUCCUUUACAAAGAAAUUUGAUUUAUUUCCAUUGCCUGUGGGAAGGGUUUGGAACAAUGGGAGGUUUGUUUGCUUUUCACUCUACACAAAUCAAACGUGGGUGCCAAAUCAUAAAUUCCAGCUGCACACUGCACGUCUCCACCAGCUGAUGCUCCUGUUAGUAGAAGUGAGAGAUGCAAAAUGUAAAUAGCUUUCAAAUGAUGUUUGCACAGUUCUAGAUUUAAAAAAAAACCUCUUCACUUCUUUCUCGAGCUGCAGUGGGCUCCUGCAUGAUUCAAUGCACAAGUUUGUUUGGAAACGAAGACAUGUGGUGAAGGUUGCCCAGAUCUGAACAUGUGUAUGCAGUUUUUCCAGCCCAAAAAAAUAAAAUUUUAUUCUUCAGAAACGA